AUGAAGUUGUGGCGUGCAGUGUGCAUUUGGAUUUCAUGUGUUGUGAUGCAAAAUGUUUACACUGGUGCCUCGACGACAAGGAAAUACUACAUUGCCGCUGUAGAGAAAGAAUGGGACUACGCUCCGAGUGGCUAUAACAAGGUGAAAGGCGUCAAACUUGCCGACGACAGGUAAGAUAAAUAGAAAAGAGACACAGUUACUUUCAAUAAGAUAAAUGAUUUGAUCCAUUAUGACACGAUUGUGAACGUUCCUCCGCGGUAAGGGUCUUUCGACAACCAAAAUGAAGCAAUGUGUUAGUAGUACGUGAUACAAACAUUAACCACAAAGGACUGCAGAUGACCGCAAACGAAUAUGCCGAAGAAAGUAGGAUCUAUAAAGACCUGAUCAGCAAAAAUAAUAAUGUAGACAUAUUAAAUUCUGCAAGCAGAAUACUGCAAUGCUGAUCGCACUACGUGAAAAUUAACUCUGCAAGACAUCAACACGACACCGAAAGAACUCAAAACAGAGCGGGAUUGUAGCCGUGGACAGCUGUUUCGCUCUUUUUGGGGCUCGUGAUAGUUGAAGAUGCAGUGAUAUUUGUCACAUAGAGGAAAUUUCAAGGCACUUUGUUCUGAAGUUACCAAAUUUAGUCCGAGAAUUAAUAUAAGUGGGCAUACAAUCUUAUCAUUUGGAAAAUAGCCAUCGUCCAUCUUUGCUUUCGAUUUGCGCGAUAUAAUUUUUUACUCUUUUGACUACCGUGAAUUGAUUGCUCCAGUCACAACGAUGGAACUUUUGAAUUAUACUAUGUUUUUACUGAUCUAAAAAUGACAAAAAUAAUCAGUGGUUGCUAUUGUAGAAAUGCAGCUUGCAGGCUGGGUUUCUUCCGGGAUUCCUUCAUUUCCGUAUAUUUCGUUCCAUGGCCAGAUCGUUCCAGCAAAUAGUCAGUUCGUUCCACAAAUGUUACAUCUAUUUUCUAAAUGUGUAAAUGGAUGAAAGUAUUUUGACCUAUUUUCAGAACUAUUUACAUAAUGCUGAGAGCGUCGUAUGUUAAUUAGUCUCGCUUGUGUGAGCAGCGAGACUCAUAAUCUGGAACGCGUUUUUCGCCCCGGGGCGGUAGUCCCUUAUAUAGGCUGUAUAGGUAUGUGGCGCGCCAAAAGGUUUUUUUUAGCCAUUUUGGUUUGAAUCGACCAUUUUGGUCUGAAACAGGGUAUGGUUUGUGCCCUCUAGUCUUGAAUUGGGUAUUUUUUUAGAAGAAUUAGCUACUUCUUCAUCAUUUGGCGAUAAGACCAUUUCCCUUUUAAUGUUUACUGAUCUUUACUCCAACCACCGUGUACGUGCCGUGCCGUGCCGUGCCGUAACAGCUUGUCAUGCGCUCCGGUCACGCGCCGGGCUCCAGGGCUUCAGGUCUGAAAUAGGGUAUCAAAUUUUUGAUCAGGUCGGAAAUAGGGCAGGGAAAAUCACAGAUUUUGGCCUGAAAUAGGGUAAGAGUUUCAGGAAGCGUGCUGCACACCCCACCCAAUUAUUCUGGAAGUACCUCCCCGGAAUUUUUGGUCCGUUUUGGGGUCACAAAAAGCAGGCCAUUGUGCCAGGCGUUCCUUGUGGAGACCGUGGAAACUGGGACUAAGAAUCGUUGCUUGAUUGAAGCCACGCAUGUUUUGCGAAGAAAGCUUAGGAAAGAUUAAAUUUAGAGCUUUUCCGAAACGUGUCGGUCCACGAAUUCUUUCGCUUGAAAGCGUUGAUUACUUUGGAGCAAGUGAACACUACUGAGUGAUCGAAAAAAAAAAUAAGAAUCUUAAUUAGCAAAAUUGCGAUGAUCGGCUGUUGUAAACUUUCACUAUAUGCAAAUGAGUCUUGUGGUGAGCAUGAGAUUUAUUUUCGGCGGGGAUUGAAAUGACGUGCCAUGUAAAUCACUUUUUCGAUAUCUGGCGAUGAUGUAAUUUCUCUGGAAUCGAGGCCCUUGAAUUUUCGUGUAUUUAUACACGCGUAUAGCCUGCUACCGGAGAGGUAUUUUAGUACACGCGUACUAAAUCAAUUCAGAAACAAAUAACAAGUAUCGGCGUCAAUAAGGAAGUAAGAACCGUUAGCGAGUAAAUCAGUCUCCCCAAUUAGUAAGGCACUGUGCCUGAGCUAUAAGACAUGAGACUAUUAGAACUGCUAUAAAGUCAAAAAAUGAUCAUGCUUAUGAAAUCGCUUAUUUGAAAUGUACUCUUAAUCUGAACUCAAAUUUCAAAAAUGAAGCAUUUUCGUUUAAUAUAAGCCGUCAUCCUAACCAUUUCGUACUUGCGGGCGCAAACAAUAGAGACGUCAUCAUUACCUACCGAUUCCUCGCGGCCCCUGUUCAAGCAAAUCGCGAUUUUUAGUCUCGCUUGCUUGAGCAAAGCGAGAAUCUUAAAAUGCGGUCGGGUUUUUUUUUUUUCGGUGGGACCUAGUUUGUAGGCCCCGCGUUCCUAGCGAAGACCGUGGAAACUGGGGUAAGAAUCGUGACGACUUUCAUUGUAUGGAAAUGAGUCUCGUGAUGAGAAUGCAGUUUAUUUCGGCGAUGACUGAAAUGACGCAUGUAAGUUUGGCAAUGACGCAAUUUUCCUCGAAUGGAGGCCCUUGAUUUUCGUGUAAUUAUGCACGACAUGCAGGCACAUCCCCAAGCAGGAUGAGAAAAUAUUAUAGCGGGGAAUGGCUUUUUAAGGCGUUACGUUUCUCAGAAUAUUGUCGCAAUUACAGAAAAUGUACGGUUAAAUAGAUUCACUUUGUUUUAUGUAUUUACUUGAUAGAUUUUCGCAGUUGUUACGAUGUGAAGUCGUGUUGCACUUCAUAAAUACUUGAGAUAUGAAGUAUCCACUGUCACGUAAUUUUUACGUGCGCACGUGCGUAAAAUUUGCGUUCGCAAAUAAAAUAAAGGCAAUGUAUGAAAGGCUGCACGUACAAUUAUGUAAGCGUAAAAGUAGAAACUCGCUUAAUUUGACGUCUAAUCUCAAUACUUUAUGUCUUACCUCUAUUUGAUUUACGUGAUUAAAAUUUACGUGUGUUAACGUGCGGAGCCAAAAACGCAACAGUGGAAAUCCACCCUAAAGUGUCACGGAUUAUAAGGGUAGCUUUGAACUUGACUAACCGCACGCUCUACUUGCAGCACUUCNCGAUCGAUCGAUCGAUCGAUCGGUCGGUCGGUCGGUCGGUCGGUCGGUCGGUCUGUCUGUCUGUCUGUCUGUCUGUCUGUCUGUCUAUCUAUCUAUCUAUCUAUCUAUCUAUCUAUUCAUCUAUCUCAAAUGCAUGCUGUGUACAACUCUAAAUAUUGUACUCUGAGACUGUACGGAGAUAUUAAAAGUAGAUACUAAGCAGCUGUGGAAAAUGUCAUUACUUUCAUGUGAUAUUGAUAUCUUAUAAAACGGACAACAAAUUCAGCAGGAAUACGCGCGAACUGAAUUAACUGUAUGUUGUAUAUAAAUAAUAAUAAUAAUAAUGUUUAUUUCUUAUAUUGCGCAGUCUAGCAUGCGAUAAAGAUAUGAUCGAAUGCGCAUUACAACACUAAAAUCUUAAAGUAAUAAAUGGCUAGUCCAAAUAAUGAUAAUAAUAAUAAUAAUUUGCAAUUUUCGGAAAACAAUUAAAGUAAAAUAUGAGUUAAUAAAAGAACUAAUAAAAAGCUAAUUUAAAAAGAUGUGUCUUUAGUAAAACUUUAAAAAUGUUCAAUGAUUGACAUUGUCUAAUUUCUAGAGGAAGUCGAUUCCAUACUUUGGGCGCAGCAUUUUCAAACGCCCUAUCCCCGAGUGUCUUUUUUGUUCUAUAGGUAUUGUCCAUUAGGAGUAUGCCCCGGUAUGAUCUCAACUGAUACCGCGAGCUCUCUUUGAUUUUUAUCAAGUCUAAAAGAUAUUGUGGUGCGACGACGAUAUUGUGGUAUAAGGUUCUGUUCAACUUACACUUUUUUCCUGUGCUGAACAUAUACUGUAGCGAGCCGUAUCUUGGUCCGGUACAAAGAAGCUAUGUAAAUUUAUACUGACAGAGUCAUGGGCCCCUGAUACUGAUAAAAAUCAUCGUUCAAUGUUUCGAGUGUAGAAUCCCUGAAAGAGUACUCCUCAAUGGAGCAAUAUCAAUGUGUAGAAGGUUUUCAAACGUUUCACACCGGUUUGAGGCUAAGAUGUGCGGCCUGUCUCUCCUUGCAAUUUUUACUUUUUGAGUAUAUACAAUAUGACAUACAACGCUCGUUUUGUAUUUCAAACGAAAAAGUAGUAUAACGGCACCGGGGCCUUUGACAACAAAACUCUUCUCCAAGCAAGCGAGACUCAACGCUACUAAGAGCAUUCUUGUUUCUAUAUUGACUGUAUGACUGUAUAUUUCAACUGUAAGUACUUUCCUUAAUAUACGCGCGAGUUACUAGAGUGCCUCCUCGGAUUUCGCCUUCUGGGCAAAAUCCCUGCGGGAGCAACUAGCAGAACGAUGGACGAUUACAGAAAUUCGCCGAUCAUCAAAUUCUGUGCUGACCUAUUCCCUGCUCACCGAUGUCCUUCCGCUGUAAAGUUUAAAAUAAGACUAGAAUACGCGCGCGUGAAUUGAUCAAACGUCCUUUUAAUUCCUAAGGCUCACUUUCCGGCAAAUGAAAUGAACUAAAUGUAAAAAGUGAAAUAGAAAUAGCGAAAAAUUAAACUUCUAAUUAAAUCUUUUCUUAUGGUUUAGAAUAAACUAUUCUUGAAACUGAGAAUGAUUAUGUUUUGAUCAAAGCUGUGUACAUCGAACCGAAACUGUGCAUGGAACCUCGCGUUUAUUUCCUGCAUUUAUGUCACCUAUUGUAUGGAAUAUGUGUGAACAUCUUCAUUAUGAAUCGGUAUAUUUCAAAGAGCUACACAGGGAGCAAGAAUACUGUAUACAGAGCGGGGGCAGCUGUAGUGUCAACUAUUACUAGUGACAUUUCUAAAUCAUUUCUAUGGCUGUAUAAAGCCUUCUACAGACACAUAAGGCCACAGUUUAAUGAUCUGUUAUGCAAAUUAGCACGUUGCUAAGGCUAAAACAUUGUUUACGACGCCAUAUUGAGAGCACGUCACGCAACGAGUUCAAACGAAGAUUUUCGUAUUUUCUCGCCACUUUCCGUGCUACAAUCGGAUCAGUGUCACAACAAACAUUAAGAACAGCGGUUUACUCGUAAGAAUUCAAGAUGGCGACGAAGAAAACAGCGCAGUGCGACGAAAAUUAAGGGCAAAUAGACCUUUUUACCGAUACGGCGGCCAUAUUGAAUUUAUUAGAUUUAAGGAGUAUUAUGGGAUGCCUAGGGGGCACUCGCUCAGUAUUUACGCCCGCUUUUCGCGCGAAAAGAGAACUUCAAUGUAUAUUUCUCGGGAAGAAAUAUACAUUGAAGAUGUAACCUUUGCACAACGAUCUUUUUUUGCCAUUAUAAUUUUUUUCUAGGAAAACUUAAAGAAAAAUUAGCCCGAAAAGCGCGCGUAAAUACUGAUGCAACAAUACUGGAUCGUCCUCAUGUCCCCUGGGCAUCCCAUAAUACUCCUUAAAUCCAGUUAAUUCAAUAUGGCCGCCGUAUCGGUGAAAAGGUCUAUUAGGGCAAUUUUGCGGCUGUGUUGGACCGCACUGAAAACAAAUCGAUGUAAAAAGAUGAGCAUUUAUAAUACCGCGCUGAAACCUGUCAGGUUUAUUCACAUGAUGUAAAGGAAAAAUGUAUUGAAUUCCCAAAUUCCCGGAAUAUUUUGGGAUUUUUGCGGCGGCCUGAAGUUACAGGGCAUUACAAAAAAAUUCCGCCUCUAUAUCUCCGGAAAAAUUUACUGGCUACUGCCGGGAAUUUAAAGGUAAAUGAACUAACUAAGUAUAAGUCAGUUCCGAUUUUCUUGUUAUUCCUAGUUGUCGUGAGAAAGCCAGAAAUACGGAAUUAUUGAAUUUUUGAGCCUGCGAUAUAAAUCGGAAAUAACACCUUAGGUGUGAAAAUUGACACCUCGCAUAUCAAUUUUCUGAAAGCUCAGCUCUCGCUUGAUAGGCCUGUGUAAUUUUUAUUUUGCCAAAUUCUUAAUCAUUUGAGAAAUAAAUUUUUCAAAUGGAAAGGUUUAUAGCAGCUCUAAUACCUUAAUAAAGUUCAUUAUUAGUUAUUAUCGUGUUUCUUGUAGAAUUAAUCGCCUCCUCAUUUUUCUAUCUAAUCUCCAAGCAGGCGAGACCUAAAUGCCGCUGUAAGCGCGUUCUUGUUUCACUAUGCAUUGCGGAACGAUGUGAGAACUAUUCACACAAUGGCGAGAGCUUAUGUUUGUUGGAUUAAUCUGUUUGUCGAUUUUUGACCACAACACAGAAAAAAUAGCUUGCUUCUCUCCUAUUUGGGCGAGUGGAACGAGUCUCGCGAGAACGCGCGAGCUUCGCUUGCCUAAAUAGGAGAGCUUGCUCGCAGGCUACAGAAAAAACUAUGAGCAAUAUCUAUAAUUUAUACUCCCUAUCUCAGUUUUAAUCCUGUUGUGCGGCUAGCCUUGUCCUCUCUACCAGGCUAGCUGUGCACAAACAAAGCUGUUUAAAUAUCAUGAGACACAAUGGCCACCAUGUGACAAAGGUAUAUUGUCUUAAAAUUACCUAUGGUACAAAAAAUUGCAAUUUUUGAUGCUUUCAAGUUCAAUAAAUUAUCGCUUCAUAGAUCAAUUUAUCAUACUGUGAAAUUUUAUCAAAGUCUGUGCCAAACCUAUAAAAACAAGACGCAGGAGUGGGUGAACCCGGCCUUCUUUUAGUUCAUAAAAUGAUAGAGCGCCGGGGGAAAAUGUGCACUAUGCAGUAAUGCACCACAACCCAUAUGAACUUUAAUGAUGAAUUGAUGAUGAAGAAAUGGAAAAAAAAUACUACCGGCUAGCAGAUCAGACUGGAAAUUAGACUCGAACGUUCCAAAGGGGUGUAUUUGAGCAUGACUGCAUAAUGCUUCAAAGUAGUGUUGCAGCUAGUUUUCUUUUCUUUAAAUUAGCAUGAGCUUCAGUCACAAUCUUGGGUAGUAAACUAAUUUUGAGGGGAAAAUCUUUGAAAUAACACCCAAGUAACUUUCCAUGAGUAAGAUGUUUAUUCUUAUUAUUGUCACUCUCAUACAAGUACUUCAAAGACAAACUACCGGCACCUUCUUUAAGUUAAUUAAUCAUCAGAAAACUUCGAAAAGUGUUGCUGCACUUAUCGUUUGAUUUAGGAUCAAGUUCAUCUUCUCUGAAAAAAAAGUAAAUAAAUAAAGGAUAUGUCAAUAUUUCAUUGCCUUACUUGUCAUUUAUUCAACAACAAUCAAAGAAGUAACCAUAGAAAACCCAAACCUAUACCCUUGUGUACCUAGAUGAGGAUAAUCUCGAAACCAACUUAAAAUAUAGAAUAUUAUAAUCGAUUUGUCGAUCCUUUUAAUUGCAAGUUUGAAUGUACAGUAGCUGACAGCAAAGAGAAAAAUUUCUAGCAUUAGAUAAUUUUGAAAUUUCUAAUAAUGUUGGAUCGAUGGAGUUUUGCAAGAUCGAAAUUCGAUAGUAAGCUAUCGCCCAUUUUUUAAAAAGCUAUAAGCUUACAUGUAAUCUCAGGGGCGGAUCUAAGGGGAGGGUGCACGUGAUAUUCCGCGAGUACAGGCAUGCGCUUUAAAGAGCAGAGGGCUAUUCGAUUCACCGGCGAAAAAUAUCUGAUUGGUCGACGCGCGACCACUUGACAUUGCCACAUUCAAAAUGGCGGCAAUACCUCCAUCGUUUGUUUAUUCCAGUGGAAAGAAGAUUAAUUGCGGCUUGAUAUGAGUUGCAAAUGCAUAUACGGAUAUUUUUAGAAUAGCCUAGACUUUUUAUUGUCCUUUUUCACCUAUUCCUAUGGGAUUCGUUCCCUGCGAUGCUCGCGUUUUGACCGGUUUACCGCAUUCAACUUUGGACUCUUCACGAUCACGAAGGACAACAAUAUUAUAUUUUUGAUGAAAGCCGGGUCACUAGAAAGAACGGCCUUUGUUCACAGCUCUAUGCAGCGGAGAAAUAAGACAAUAUGGGUCCUUUGAAAUUGCUUAGACACCUGGAAGUUAUUUUAUUAUUUUUUUACCGAAAAGAUAAAGCAAAAUUAUGUUUUCUCCAGCAAGACUUUCUAAUUUAUAUAUAAAAAAGCUUGAACAUGAGCUAAAUGAACUGUAGUGUCUGCAUUCAUGUUCUUUUCAUUGUGAACGGGUGCAAUUUUAAUAUCAAAACUUUAAAGCCGAGUAUGACCGAGCAGGUUUUUUUUUCUUUUUUCUUUUCAAUGGUUACUGUGCUUGAGUCUGAAUAAGAUAAUGAAAUUUUUAAAAUUAGGGGAAUACUAUAUAUAAAAGAAGAGANACGAAGGACAACAAUAUUAUAUUUUUGAUGAAAGCCGGGUCACUAGAAAGAACGGCCUUUGUUCACAGCUCUAUGCAGCGGAGAAAUAAGACAAUAUGGGUCCUUUGAAAUUGCUUAGACACCUGGAAGUUAUUUUAUUAUUUUUUUACCGAAAAGAUAAAGCAAAAUUAUGUUUUCUCCAGCAAGACUUUCUAAUUUAUAUAUAAAAAAGCUUGAACAUGAGCUAAAUGAACUGUAGUGUCUGCAUUCAUGUUCUUUUCAUUGUGAACGGGUGCAAUUUUAAUAUCAAAACUUUAAAGCCGAGUAUGACCGAGCAGGUUUUUUUUUCUUUUUUCUUUUCAAUGGUUACUGUGCUUGAGUCUGAAUAAGAUAAUGAAAUUUUUAAAAUUAGGGGAAUACUAUAUAUAAAAGAAGAGAACUUCGAUUGCAAAUAUGUUAGUUAUGGAAAAAUACUGAUUAUAUCUUUUUAGUACAAAUUAAAGGUUAGAAAAGUGAUGCGUAGUCAAAAGUGCUACAAAGGAGUAAAAACCCAGAUCUUCCCAUUAAUAAAUUUUAUUGACACUGUCAGGGACAUAUGCCUUGCUUGAGUACACAUUUUGUUCGUCAAAAAUCUUGUUUGUGAGGCUGCACUUUUUUUGACUCAGGAUCAAUCAUUCUCUUCUAAAGAGAAAUGAACAAUAAAGUAUGUUAACACUGUCAGAUACUUCAACACUGCCUUAGCCAACAACUAAGAAGAAACUCAACUUUAUAUCAAAAAAACAAAGUGAAAACUACUUCACCGUGAAACAACAACCCCUUCGAAUAUAUAUCACAUUAAAUUCAUGCAAAAUGUAGACCUUAUGAUAAGUUUACAGGAAUAGAAACAAACAAUAAUUGCAAUGAAACUAUAAAGUUUGAAUGAGAUCUGUAUUUGAGUGUUCUCUCAUAAUUCUGGCAGAGGAUCAAAAUUGGAAACUGCAUAUCCCACACAACAGCACUCAUCAACAUGAUCCAACUAAAAUUUCAUUAAGACUCAAAGUUUACUCCAAACUUUAAACUCCUGUAAGUUUAAUUUGUGAUGAUUAAUUUUUUUUCUUGAAAAGAACUUUUGAAUACAUAAUAGCAUGUUAACUCUAUCAUUCAUUCAUAACUUUGCUCCAAAAAAAACUAAGCCGAAAACGAUGGACAGAAAACGUGACAAUAGCAUUCACAGGAAAAUUACCCUGUUCAUCUCCUUCCAGGAUCCAAUUUUCAAGCAAAGAAACACCCCCCACAGAAAGCCUUGUGUGCAAAAAUUUAGUACCAAAAAACUGUCCUCGGAUGAAAUCAUGUCCGUAACUGCGGUUCCUAAAGUAACAAGUAACUCGUUGUGUGGAUAAUCCCAAACCAAAUUUAUGAGCAAAAUAAUCUAUUAACCUUCGAUCCUUCAAUUAUUAAAUUGCAAGCCUAAAUGUACAGCAGCUGUGCACAUUGUAAACAGAAUUUUUUUACAAAUCAGAAUGUUGCUGGACCCAUCGAACUGUAGCUCCAAGACGGUCUAAGCGUUUUAAUGAAAACACUCUCACAUUUUCUUAUUCGACAGUUCGGAUAACACUAAAAUUUCUGUAACAUACAAAGCUGUAAUGAUGUGCAACAAAAAUGAAAUGUGUAUCGAUCGAAAAAAUCACGUCACUUUAGAAAACUGCCGCAACCCGGCCGCUUUCGAUCCACUAGCCACAAAACAGUAUACACAGCAAGAAAAUGGCUAAGAAUAUUUCUUUACCUUUUUUAUCAUUUCCUUUUGUACCGAGUGACACGAGAUUAUAAAGUUGAACCAAGCGUAAGCUUAUUUUUCUGCCAUAAACAGUGUAAACACACGGAGAUUUAGCAUCUAAAUACAGUUUUUCCAGCAACAAAGUACAAGCUAAGUCAUGUUAACAAAACAAAGCCCAACAACGUCUGUCCUUCUACUUUCUUUUUGUUGAAUCCGUGAUAAGAAACUUGAACUAAACAACAAAAGCAUUUUGAAUAGCGUUGUAAUACGCUCUUCGAUCAACAGUCGAAUGCUGGCGAAUGUUAGAUUUACGAUCAAAGUCGAAUUUUGACACAAAAACGGGAUACACAUUUAACAAAACUGUCGCUUCCGUGCAACUCGGUACAAGCUAAUUUAUAUACCAUGAAAUCUUCAGGUCUUAAAAUUUCGUUAUCGUUUAGUUAAUCUCCAUCCAAAAACGUCCCUUUUGUAGCAUUUGAACCUGUGAGGUUACCUCUCAGGCACAUGUGUGCCCCCCCCCCCCCAAAAACGGUUACUCAUUUGCGUUUGUUGCGCGCUGUGUUUUUGGCUUACAUAGAGUGGCUCGAUCUUGAACAUGUUUGAGUAGUUUCAAGUUGUUUAGUAUUUGCCUCUUUUUUCAACUGACUUUACAACACUCUCCAAACCUUAUCUUAAGAGUGUGUCCAUGAGGAAACCAGGCAGAACCAGGCAGGGGGUGGUAAUGCUCAAAUCACCGAUUUCGCUCAAACUUGGCACAAAUGUUAGGUAUCAGGAGUUAGCUUAUGUGACAGAAUGUCAGAUCAAAAUAUUAAAUUCCCUGGGAGAUCCGGGCUCCCCCUGUAAAAAUCGCCAUUUUGCCCGUUUAUGCAUAAUUAAUUAGCUAACUUUACAAUGCCAGUGCAACAAACAGAAAAGCCACCUGGAACUUAAAUGCACUGAGAGAUAAUCUGACAUCAUAAGAAUUUAAGCACAAUAAACUGUUUAAAGUCGCCGAUUCGAUUUCCCCCGUCUUAGCCCCCUUAAGUUGGGUCAUCAUUUCCAAGUUUUGAGUAAGACGUAAAAUUAGGGUAUUUUAUUCCCAAAUAUCUCCGAUGAGCAAUCGCUUAUCUUUACAACUUUUGCAUGAGUAGUUAAAGCCAUCACUUAAGUUGAGAAAAAGAUCAUAAAAAGUUUGGGCAAUUCACUUUCUUCCAUGUGUUGACAUAAACUGUUCAUGUGACUGAACGACUUUUGCAUAUUUCAUCAAAAUUCAGGCACUCACAAUAUUCGUGUGUUUGCCUUGGAAUGAGGAGAAAUCGAACAAAAAACUCAUCAGACAAUGAUUUAACAUUAAUAAGGGUAAAAUCAUAAAAAUUGUUCUGCAAGAAGCGCUAACGAUGAUUUUUGAUAGCUAUAUACGCGAUCUUUUCAAGUAAAAACAACAUACAAAGAUUUAAUUCACAGUUCUACUUACUUUAACAAUUUCGCCCUAAAAACAAUAUAAGCGAUCAAUAAAAUCCAUAUACGUAUCUCUUAGAUGUCUCAACUGCCCAACUGCCUCAACUGUUGUGCCCCGCUUUGAUUUGUUCUUCAUGCCACCUUCGAUGUCCAGUUCAGCGUAGUUCAGCGUCGUGACUCGCUGUACGACUAAAAUUCCUUAGCCAUCAGUUUACGCACCAAAAUCCAAAUCAAGUUGUUUUAGGACAAAACAAUACGAAAGGUAAAAAGCCGAUUCUUAACCCAUUGAAAGAAUUAUUUCUGCCACUGUUGUAGCUCAAUUCACGUGUUGCAAACGUCCGACAUCUUUGAUAUUAAAUGGAGCCCGCAUUUUUAAGCAGCGGUUGCCACCACAUGGAAACAUUGUAUCGGGAGUCUGGAACCAGGAGCCAGGAGCCACAGUUCAGUGAACAAAACGACUUUCCGACAUUCUCUGAGAUUAUUUUAUUGUUAUUGUAUGCUGAUAAAUAAUUUAGAAUUCCAAAUCUAUUGGCAACUUUAUUCAGACCAUGAUUAUAAAUGAUCCCAUGUCUUCUCAAACUCGGAGAUAGAAGUCGUUUUGUCUUCGUGUUUUGGAAAGAACUAUUUUUUCUAUUUUAGUUGCACGUGAAAUAGCAGCGAAGUGAAGCCGGAUGUUGGUGCAGACCAGUUCAAAGAGACAAAUAAAGCGUGAGACACGUCCAGAUUGGCUUGCGACAAGAAUUCCAUUUUAUUUUCAUACUGGAGUCUUUUCUCCCCGGGGGAGUGUCCAAAUUGCGUACAAAUGCCCUACCCUGCUGGCACCAGAUUUGACUGUCAUAAACAGUGAAUUUUUUUCAUCUCGCACGGUCUUUUGGGGGUCUUAUAAAACCUAACUGUGACACUAAUGUUCCCAAGUAGAAUUCAAAAUACACCACACUUUCACAUUGAGUUAGAUAUUUUUCUCAAACAACCGCUUCCAUAUGUUUAACACCCUUCCCACAUUCCCUCCGAGAGAUACUUCAACUGUAACACUUCGAUUUCAAAUUUCUCACCCUACCCAGGUAAGGUCAAUUUUCUCGUCCUAGACAUCGAUCUCGGAAGGGCCUUUUUGCGUACUCUUGGGCACCAAAACCAGUUUAGUGCCCAGCCGUGUGCCGUGCUGAGGUAGGCAGACACAACAAUUAAGUUACAGACAUUUGAUGUUCCGGUCCGUGCGUGGUCGGAAGACACCCGGUAAAUAAUGCCCAUGGGGUUGCCCAAGGAAAAUUUGGGUUUUAAGAGAGUCGAACUGCAGGAGGUCUUUAACGAGGAAAAGUGCGGACACAUCUACUUUUUGGAGAGAAUGUACUGCAUGCAAUUUUUAAGUUACAAUAUACUAUAGAUAAAUCUAAUUUGUUUCUAACGUUCCUCUCAUACUCCGAGUAGCUUAGGACAUACAGGGAACGCAGAGAUCAGACCAUUGCAUCAUGGAAAAUUCUCAAUCAGACUGUCAUCGUAAAAACUAAAAAAGUGGUCGCGGUCGUUUACUGGAUGUGGAUGUGUUCGUUUACAGGAGAUUCCAACUACAAGCGCUUUGACUGGAUAAUAUUUGGUGUGUUGAAUAAGUGAUCGCUUAUUGGGAAGUGGUCACUUAAGUUGGGUGGUCGCACGUAGGUUCGACUGUGCCUCGUUAAGCGAAAAUUUGUUUAAAUGUAAGAGAAAUCCUAAAAUUGUAAUACAGUGGAAGCUCUCGUACGAGGACGCCCUCGGGACGAGAAAAAGGUGUCCUUAACUGGAUCUGGCCGCUUACAAGAAUGAAUCUCAUAUGCAGCAUAGUUACGCAAGUGGAAUUCAGCCACUUUAAAAGUGGUGUAAAGGUUAGAUAGCCGCUUACGGAAGCUCCUCCCAACUACAAAUUAACACUGGUAAUAGUAAAAAACUGUUUUUCAGUGUAUGGUUACGCUGAUGUUCCUGCCUUGUUGUAAUUUAGGUAAAAGCAUACAAUUUAGUUUGUAUUUUCAAGUGUAACCGGACGAGUAUGUGAAAAAACGGUAACUCUGAAACGGAUAUAUAAGAAUGAUUCAUAACAGUGACAAAUAGCCAUAUGAUUGUGGACAUGAUAUGGAAAAAAAAACAACAACAUUCAGAGGCGGAUAAGAUUUCUUUCGAGUGUCUGCUUAGGAGAGCUUUAAAUCAAAGCUAACAUCUAAUUCGCCGGUAAACCCUUUAAGUGUCCGCGGCCGCCUACGGGAAUGUAAAAAUCCAGAGUUUGUGUGGGAGUUGAAACGGGAUUUUGUGAUGGCGGUCGUAAGUAGAGCUAUUCGCUAUAUACGAGAGUGUCCGUUAAGAGAACUUAAUCUAGUGUAUGAAUCCGCAAAUGACAGCUUAAAUGAGAAGUGAAUAUAGUGUAUUAGUCUGUGUUCAAGAAACUGUUCUCUUACACCUUCCUUAUAGCCAAAGAAGUCUAGCCGACUUUUUUUGCAAUGUAUUAGUGCCCCCUUUUGGGUCUUUUGUAUUCCUCAGAAGUUUUUCCUCAACACGUUUAUAAACGGUUAUUAUUAUAUUUUUGUAGUCAAUAAUAUACCCAGAUACAGAUACCAACCUGUAUAGUUGUAAGACUACGAGGAUUAAAAUACAACUAAGUAAGUAAUUAUACCCAGUGGCAAGUCAUUAAUUGUCUAAAAAUUGCACGGCACGGUCUGACUACAAAAAGGGCUAUUAUGGACCAUUAUUAUCAUGGUAAUUAAUGUCAACAUCGAAUAAACUCAAAAUUUCAAGUAACACGACUUUCACAACCUAUUUUCAACACACCAGUUAUAACAGGAUAUUGGCGCGUACAACAAUAGAUAGCGUAUUCCGCAUUCCGGAGUCCGGUAGUCCGGCGUCACAGAUUCCAUCUUUUUGGCAGAGUCUAAAGUCAAAGAUGGAGGGUGUUCGAGCAGGUGGUUGUUUUCUGUAGAUAUAGACGGAUUGUCAGUGAUCCUUCUUGUCCUUUGAGAAUGAUUUUGUUCUUUCUGACUACAACUUAUUUCAAAGACUUCGAAUGUUCGGUGAAAAGCCGACACUUUUAAUUCUGCAAUGUUUCAAGAUGUUUCGAUUUCAUUACCUCGUCACGAAGUAACGCCACAAAGGACCAGACGAAACUGGAGCAGCAAAUCUGGACUAAAGCACCUGAGAGACGUGUAUGUAACAUUUAUUCACUAUCUUUUAUCCUUGUUGGGUCUUGUUUCACCUACAAGUUGGACCGAUCGAAGUUUUGAACUAACUCUUUUGCUCCUUGUGUUUACUCAAGCGUUCCAUAAAAUAUCCAUCCAAACGUCCAUAAAUAACACAGAAAACAUGCCUCAGGUGACACGUUCUAACAAUUCCGCUAUUAGUAUCGAUAAUGACGCAUCUGAUUUGUGACUUCUCGUCAACUUUGUGCUAUUUUUGUUUAAAAAAACGAAUGUUACGUUUCUUCCAAUUUUGGUCAAAUGACAAAUAAGCGUCAAGUCAGAUGUACAUAAUACGUCAUUAUUGAUAAAGUAUGAGAUUGCCCAAAUAUUUUAUGAUUGAUUUGAUAACCUUAAAGAUGUCUUUCAAAGAAUAUGUGAGAAUUAAGUACAUAGGUUGUUGCUCAUGGGAGAUGUUAGCCACUAAAAUACCUUAAAUUUAGGGUUUGGUCAAAACAGUGAGAAGAUGUCCUUACUUUAGGCUAAAUAAUAGGAAGAGAUCGAAUUAGAGAGUAAAAAUAAAUUACUGAGCAUUAAGUUUGAUAAACAUAGAAGAUGAUAAAGUUGAUUAGAUUUGAAGUUGUCUUUUCUUCUUGUUGAACAGCCAAACCAAAGUCAGCUAAUUAAUUAUGCAAAAAUGAGUAGAUUUUGUCGUUUUUUUGGGGGGGUCCCUGUAAAUCCCAGGGAAUUCAAUAUUGCGACCUUAUUUUUUGUCGAGGUUAAUAUCUCAACACACCCAUCAGUUGUGCAAAGUUUGAGCGAAAUCCGUGAUUUGAGCAUUAUCACCUCCUGCCUGGUUCUCUCAUGGACACACUCUUAAGAAAACUAACUCCCCGUCGCACACGAGAAAAAACGUCUGGUACCCAGGGUAUAAGAAAAUUUACUAAGCUCAUCACAAAUAAAGUGUUAUGUUUCCCGUUGUUUUUCCUUUUCCUUCCCCCGGUGCACCAAGUUAGAGCUUAAAGUGCUCAAUUUGUUUUUAGGAAAAACAAAAGACUUCUGAAAUAUUUAGCCGUGUUGACCAUUCCCAAAACUCACUGUUGAGACCUGAUUCCCAUUCGGUGAAACGACCGAAUUUGAUUGUUCGACGACGUUCUUUUUGUCGUCACGCAACGCUUCUGAACGAAACACAAAACACAGAGAACGGUUGUGCAAGAGACUACAGGCGACGUAACGUAAGACUCUUUGAUGAACGUUUUGCCCCAUUUAAUGGAAUUUAAGACAGUCUUGGAAUCUGGAUUCCAUGCUGUGGAUUCCGGAUUCCAGAUUCCGCAUCCCAGGUACAUGGAUUCAAGAUUCUUGGUCAGUAAAAUUCUAAUCGUUACUGAGUGGGAUUCCGGAUUCCUUGAGCUGUAUUCCGGAUUCCAAAUUCCAGGAUUCUGGAUUCCAGAAGCAAAGAUGUUAAGGAUUCCCUUACAUGGGAUGAAACGUUUGACUUUGAAUAACGCUUUAGUUCUUGGCCAAAAGAAAAGUUUCCACGAUUGGUUUCAAGCUUAGGGUGUUGUUGUGCAAUUCAAGUAUGGCGCUUAUCAUUAUUCUUCCGUUCAGUGCUGCACUAUCGAGGGUGGCGCUAAAUUCUGUGCUCCACGUUUGGCCAUUCAUUAGAAAAAUUGUCGUGCGUUGAAUAUUGUAAAAGAGAAUGACCCUUAUUUUCACUCUUACUUUUAUGUAGUGAUGCUGCAGUCUUCACGACCCGUGGUAGACACACAAUAGGACGCAAGUAUAAGAAGUUUCUGUUUCGUGAGUACGAGGAUGCUAACUUCCAAAAGGAAAAGCCGCACCCACCCUACCUUGGGUUUCUGGGGCCUACACUCAAGGGAGAGGUGGGAGACACGAUUGUGGUUCACUUCAAGAACAAGGCCGGUGGUAACUUUUCAGUACACCCACACGGUGUGUUUUACUCGAAGGACUCGGAAGGCGCCCUGUACGUGGAUGAGACAAAGGGAGCUUCGAAAAAAGACGACCACGUGCCACUGAAUGGUGAACACACGUACACUUGGAGGAUAACUAAGGACCACGCCCCAACAGACAGUGACGAUGACUGUCUUACUUGGAUUUACCAUUCACACGUGUUGCCGCACAAGGACAUUAACACUGGGUUGAUUGGUGAGAUUAUGCUUGAGAAUGUUUCUGUGUUUUCGAUGUCAACGUGUUAUAAAAAGUUAAUUGAUUCAAAUAUGAUUAUGGCCCUCGGAAACUUUUUACGCACCAUUGUCAGUAUUUUCUGUGCAGCCAACUUUUUGAAAACCGCCGGUGUGGUUUGUAAUUGGCCACUAGACUAAUGAACAAUCAAUAACUUUAUUGACUUUAUCUUCGACAUGAAGAUUUCAGUACCAAAACAAUCAAUAUAAUAACAAAUGAAACAAAGUAAAAUAAAAGUGAAGUAAGAGAGAAAGGAACAACAACAACAUUUUGAAUAUUAACAUAGAAACUUACGUGGCUAUGUGUGGCUUCUACUCUACUCGUAUUUUAAAUUAGAGUUCGGAUUUGUAACAAUUUAGACUAUUUUCAAUAUAAGAGGCACUAAGAUUCAUAAUUAUAGUAAUAUGACCCCAGUUAAGUGCGUUCGAGCUAUUAGAGUCAAACCAGGUCAAGGGAACUACCAUAGAUUUUAUUAUUCAAUCGAUUCAGUUAGUCGAAGCUUGAGUCCAUUAGAGGUGAAUACAGUUUGAGAAAUAUUCCCUAUUUUCGCUGAAAUAUUAUAACCGUCCAGUCACGUGAUUCACUUACAAAAAAGCAAGCAAGCAAGCAAGUAAGGAUGAGAAACUGCUUGCCAAGUUCCACAAAUAUUCGAAAAGAUGUUUCUUGUUGAAAUGAAUAUCCAUCUGACCAGUGACUGAGUCAAAUCAGUCCUCAGGUUCCCCGGCACUAUCCAUUGAAUUAACAGUACUUUUCUGUUUUACCAAACUGAAAAUAAAAGAACCGCGAAACGUUACAGAGAUGAAGCCGUAAUUAUAGUUACUUCUUUUUUGCCCUUAUUUUAUGUCCAUAACAAGGGAUGCAAGGGAUGGCGCAGUGGUGAGAACGCUCGCCUCCCACUAAUGUGGCCCGGGUUCAAAUCCCGGCGUCGACGCCAUAUGUGGGUUGAGUUUGUUGUUAAUUCUUUUUCUCCGGGUACCCCGGUUUUCCCCUCUCCUCAAAAACCAACCUUUCUUUUCCAUUCGACCAGGAAUCAGAUAUACGAAGAACCACUUUGUGGAUGUGCUACCUCCAACUCAUUAUUUAUUUAUUUAUUUAUUUAUUUAUGUCCACAAUGUAAGGUAUCAUGCUGACGUGCAAAAGUGGAGCUUUAGAAGGAGGAAAAACGAGAGGUGUUGACAAAGAUUUUUUAGCGUUGUUUUCUGUGCUGGAUGAGAAUGACAGUUGGCUGCUGGACAAGAACAUUAACUACUACUGCAGUGAUCCACAAGGAGUAAAUAAAGAAGAUGAGGAUUUUAUGGAGAGUAAUAAGAUGCACGCUAUAAACGGUUAUUUCUAUGGAAACCUACCGGGCCUGGAAAUGUGCUUAGGAGAUACUGUUAACUGGCAUUUGGCUGGGAUUGGUAAUGAAGUCGACUUGCAUACAGGUAAGAUUCGAGUGACUUUUCGCCCCAUUAAACGGAAUUCAAUACAGUCUUGUAUUCUGGAUUCUACGCCGUGGAUUCCAGAUUUUUUGUCAAGGGAACUUGGAUUCUGGAUUCAAUCGUUAGUGGGAUUCCGGUUACUUUGAGCUGUACUCCAGAUUCCAGAUUUCACAGGCAAAAAUCUACCGGAUUCCGGAAUCUGGUCAGAUUUCCUCCAAAGCCGCAAUGUUGUAAGAACUUACACUCAGGCAAGACCAUAUUUGUUAUUUAUAAGAACACAGGCAGCAAUCAAUGUAAUGAGCGUAAAAGGGAAAAUGUUCCCUGAAAACGUAGAGAAGUGGUCUGGGUCCUUUUAGCUAAGUCGCUAAAGAGAAAAAGAUCUAUAGGUAAUCAGUAGGCACGCCACGACUAGCGUUUUGGCUAACUGCGGGCCAAGAAACUGUAACUAAGUAAAAUUACGGUGAUACUUGUUUUAUUGUUUUUUUUUUGGUAACUUGAACGUUUGAAACAUGUUCAAGUGAUCAGCGCGUCGUACCCGCAAUCUGCUGUUACCGUCUUUCAGUUCGGUGUAGUUAUGAGUUAAACUCCUUAGCCUACUUUUGAUAGCCAACUGCUUUAUUUCCUGCUAGUUUGAGGUUUUGAUCAUCUUAUGUUUGUUUAUUAGUGUAGGAUUGUUUGAGUGAAUGAUAUGCCUGUGAACUUCCGCCGUAGCCCGCCAGCCCGGUGCAUCCAUCUCUCUAAUAAGAGCGGGCUCACAACGUACUUGAUGUUUAGGUUGUGCAGCUGGCGUUUUUUUUAAACGCUGUGAGUGAAACACGCUAAAAUGGUGUGGUUUCUACUUUCCUUCUCCCUAUGCCUUUGUCUCUUUUUUUCCUUUAUCCUCUUUCAUUUCUCUCGCUUUUUUCUUGCGAAUCCUUUACCGAACUCCAAAGAAACCGCCAGCUGCGCUCAACAGCUGCACAGGCUAUCUUCUAGCCAAGAACAGGCUCUAAGGCAAUUUUCAGGGAUUUUCAAAAUUGAAAUUUUACAUUUUCUUUCUAUCAAUAGCUUAUUUCCAUGGACAAACUUUUACAGUCGACAACCAUCGCAAAGACGUUGCUUCUCUUCUACCUGCAACUUUCGUGACGGCUUCUAUGAAGGCCUUAAACCCAGGGACGUGGAUGUUAAACUGCCUUGUUAACGAUCAUUAUAACGCCGGUAUGUACGCGCUGUUUAAUGUAACGAAGUGCGAUGGAAAAAAACAUCCAGUCCCAAGUGUAAGUGGCGGGAAAAAGCGGACUUACUACAUCGCGGCAAACGAGAUACCGUGGAACUAUGGGCCAACUGGUAUGAAUAAUAUGAAUGGAAAGAGCUUGACACUGGCAGAUAGGUACGAACUUCAUGAUCAGAUUUCAAAUAAAGCUCCAGUUCUAAGGCUGCGGCACUCAUGUUUUAUAGUCGGACUUAAGAUUAACCUGACUGAUUCAAACGGCGUCGAACCAAAACAGAAAAAGAUUUUAAUGACGAUGAUGAUAGUAAAGUAAUAAAUCAAAGUAAAAAUGAUAAUGAUAAUGAUAGUAAUAAUUUAAAUUCCCUUCAUUUAUUCAUUAGUUUCGGCACAUGAAAAGUUCCGUCGUGCGAAUCAGCAGUCGCCCCAGUGUUGGAUAAUGCGACAGUGUCUGCCCAACUUAACGUUGCGUGCCGUACCAAACUUAACUACUGAACCAAACUGAUUCAAACGCCGGUUUUCGCCUUUUUCUGUAUCUAAUUCAUCUGUAAAUGAAGGUGCAGCUGCUGUUUUCUGGAAUCAGACCUGAGGGUUUGGCCAUGCUGUCUCAACUUGUCUGUUCACUUGUGUGUGUGUUUUUUCUAUUUGCUCAGCGACUCAGCCGUUUUCUUCGCCCAAGGUGAUAAGAGGAUUGGAGGAACUUAUCUAAAAGCGAUUUACGAAGAGUACACAAGCAGCACCUUUACAAGUAAAAAGAACAAAUCAGAUCAUCUUGGUUUCCUGGGGCCAGUCAUUCGAGCGGAAGUCGGUGAUAUCAUCGAAGUAGUCUUCAAAAAUAACGUAAGAAAAUAGUGAUUUAGCCGUUUGAUUCUGGAUCCAAGAAAAGGGAAAUAAUUUCUUCAAAGUAUGUUCCCUGGUUAGUAACGGGCGAUGAAGUUAACCUCUGGUACGGAACUUUUUGCGAUUGCCGCGGUCUGGCAACUGGUCACUAACUAAAGAGUACGGCCCAGGGCUCUUCAGAGUACUGAUUGCUGUAACGGAGAAAAUGUGGUAUUUUGAGUAGAAAUCCGCUCAUGAAAGGUGUCACUCGUUGUUAGGUCUCGAGUAAAAUUACUAUUCUGCCUUGGAACAAAAAGUUUAUUAAUUACAAUUUAAGUCCUGCACUUAUUACGUUACGGUCUCCAUGUCAUUGUAACUGUUUGGAAAAACACUUUAUUGUUUUAUUAAUAUAUCAAACGAGAGGCACAUUGUUCAUCAUUUGAUCAAACGCUGAGAUCAGAAUUGUAAAUUCGACGCAAAGCGGUGUAUUUUUGACUAAUCGUCCCAUGUGGUAAAGGAACCCAAGACAGUCUUGGAUUCUAGAUUCCAGGUACUGGAUUUCAGUCUUUGUCAGGGAAACUUGGAUUCUGGAUUUCAUUCCUUUGUGGGAUUCCGGAUUCCUUAAGCUGUCUUCCGGAUUCCAAAGUCGAGGAUUUCGGAUUUUACGAGGCAGGCCUUAAUUUUCCCAGAUCCCGGAUUCCAAAAACAAAAGUUUCCCGGAUUCUGGAAUCCGGAUUGCCUUACAUUUAGCAAGACUAACUUGGAGGUGUUUGAUAUUAUUUGGAGGCGCCCACGAGUCCUGAUAUUAUGAUGAAAUAACGCCUCGAAUUUUUGAUAUUGGUGAUUUUACGAUCGGACGACGCGACGGCGGCGAAAACAUCGCUUCAAAAAUGAACUUGCGUCCUUUCGGUCUUUAACGCGAUUAUUCCAACUCACCUACUUUGUCAAAUGUGCGCGAACCCUCCCGGAGUUGAAUCUCGAUGAACUACAUUCAAGUUUAAAGAGAGAAUAAAAUUUCGUCCUCGCUCGUUAACUUUCUCCCUAAAAAGUCUAAUCAGGCAAUUUCACGUCGUAGCCGUGAAAAAACGGCAAAGAAAUGUACAAAACAGUGAGAUGCACGUGCAAAGCUGUGGUUUUGUCUACCAAAUCUAUUGUUAUUUUUGACGUUCUCGUUGCUGUCGCGUCAUCGGAUCGCAAAGUGCCUAUUAGGGACUUUAAGAUCCAACAACGCGGACGGCAACGAGAACGUCAAAAAACAAUAGGUUUUAUACGCAAAACAACAACUUUGCACGUGCAUCGCAUUUAUUUGUACAUUUCUUUUCCCGUUUUUGCACGACUACGACGUGAAAAUGCCUAAUUUCGCGUUUUAUGGAGAACGUAAACAAGCAACGACGAAAUUUAAUUUCUCUUUCUGAACUUGGACAUGGUCCCUUGGAAUUUAACUACAAGAGGGUUCGCCUACAUUUGACAAAGUAAGUGGGUAGGCAUAAUUGCGAUGAAGACUGAAAGGACACAAAUUCACUUUUUAAGCGACGUUCUCGUUGCCGUCGCGUCGUUGGACCUUAAAGUCCCUAUUACCUAUCAAACGAAAUGUUUUAGAGGGAGAAAUAAAGGAUACAAACGAGAGGAGUUUUUGAAAUGAUUGCCAAACAAUCAUUAAACAUUUAUUUAAUUCCUUUGUAUUUUCUUUAUAGGUUAUUAAUGAGUUUGAGAUAAAUUACUUAAGAUUCGGAGUUUGUUCAUUUUUCAUGCAGGCAAGUCACAACUACAGUAUUCAACCACAUGGCGUCUUCUUCAACAAGUCUAAUGAGGGAGCCUUAUACCAAGAUCAUACAUCCGGGGCUGAAAAAGCCGAUGAUAUUGUGCAACCAGGCCAUAUUUACACUUACCGGUGGACUGUGCCCGAACAUGUGGGGCCAACAAAUGCUGACGCACAAUGUGUCACGUGGUUGUACUAUUCAAGCGUAGAUCCAGUUAAGGAUACUUAUUCUGGUGAGUCUCGAGUAUUAAGCUAUUCCCUCCGAGAGAAUAAACAGUCAGUUGCAGAGAGUAACUCGUAUACGAAGCGCUAUUUUCCCGCGCUUGCUUGUGGCUGCAUGUUUUCCCGCCGUUUGGGAGUAGUAGGGAGCUUUAGGAUCUACGACGCCCAGUAGCUAGUUAUUCAGUUGAAGUACUUUCCCGUGUUACCCUCGUUAAAUAAAGUUGACUAUUAUUAUUAUUAUUAUUAUUAUUAUUAUUAUUAUUAUUAUUAUUAUUAAAACAGCGAAAUCGUCACAAAAAGUAAUGCUUCAAACUUAUUCGCUUUUAUUUGAUCUCGUUCAAUUUGUUAAAUAAUGGGGGAAGUUAAUUUCUGGAGUUGAAUCCUAAAAGACUGUAUCUAAAUUCAUUAAAUCGUUUUCUCGUGUUCAUGUUCUUCAUAAAACGUGAAAUUAGGUACUUUAACGUCGUAAUCGUGCAACAACGGCAGAGUAAGCCACGAAAAGGCCUGAUGUACUUGCAGAGUUGUUGUUUUGCUUAUCUAAACCUACUGCUUUUUUGCCGUUGGCUCGUUGCCGUGUCUCCUGAGUCUUUGCUAAAGACCCCCCUUAGGCCUAGUAAGCGCAGUUGCCGUCGGCUCCCAGGUUUUCCGAUGUGUGUCCAGUUACUUUCAAUUUUGUUAUUCGUUUAGACUUUCGCAUAGCCAUUCAAACACAUAUCUAACAUAGUUUAGGUUUUUUCUUAUGUAGGUCUGUUUGGUCCAUUGCUAACGUGCAAAAAGGGAUCGCUGAACGAUGACAACACACAGAAAAACAUCGACAAAGAAUUUGUUCUACUUUUCACCGUCACAGACGAAAGUGGCUCAUGGUAUCAUGACGAAAACAAGAAACGAGCGCAAAACUGGCAACAGAUAAAUGAUGGUAUGCUAGAAACAAUCUAAAAAAUCCUAAUUUAUUCUAUAUCAUGUUUAUUGACCUGCUCCCCUCCUUUUUCUAAGGUUAUGUUCAAUCAUUACCGGAUAGCUUUUGCGCUGGCGUGAAAGCCGUACCAGAUAGGGCUUCUAUUCACAUAUAAGAACGGUAAUUUUCGGUGCGAUUUUUGUAACUGAGGGAAGCUGCGCUUCGCUAAUCUCGAAAGUGGAGCGUCACAUAUCGUAUAGGUUUUGUGCCACACUUUGCUGCAGUGUGAACGCCGCCGCGUAUUCGGACCGUAGAGGAAGUGAAUAAUAGGAACGAGGACUGGCAUGAAAUCCACAGAGACGGAAGUAAAUAUUCAGGAGUGAGGACUGGAUUUUACUUGACCCUCUCGGCCAACCGCUCAGGUAUGAUGUUCGAUGUGUCUGAAAGAUUUGUUCCAGUUUUGUGCGGUUCACACUGUUCACACUAUACCUGAUACAUUUUCGUGUCGGCACGAAAAGAUAUCUGGUAAUAGUGUGAACAGAGCCUAAGAGUAAAAGCCCUGGAAACGAUGUUGGGCUGUGAGGGCGCCGAUUCAUGUUUGCUUCCAAACGAGGGCGAGACCUAGACCAGGUGCAGCUUGAGUAUACGUUGAAAAUUUGGUGAGGCCAAAUUACCUGUUUUAAUAAGCCCCUAAUCGAGUGUUAAUUGAUCACCAGUUUUUACUUCACAGUAUUAAAGGUAGAAUUCUCUUCACUUGCUCUUCGAAUGAAGAACUUUUCUGCCGACUCAAAGUAGAACAAACCUUAGUGCUCUCAUUCACUAAGUGCCCUCCUUAGCUCUCGUCUUUUUUCUGUCUCCAUUGAAUUCACGAAACAAGAAAGAAACUGGGUCGAGUUAACUUUUGCAAAGAUUUUUCUGGGUCUGUUGCGAGGGACAGGGGAAUCAAUAGCUCAAAAGCUGACCGCUGACCGUUGUGUCCUCAUCAGCGGUCCCAGAAACAAUUGGAAAAAUAAGAUGCUUCUUACAUAAGACGCGAACUGUACCAUUUAUACGAGCAUGUCUUAUCUAAGAGGAGAACACCUCUUAUACAUGGUUCACGUCUUAUUUCUGUUCUUGACUCGUUUUCAUGUGAAUGUUGCCCGUAGCAACGGCAAUCCAACGUGGCACGCCAAAAAUUAACGCAUGCGUACUAUGCGUUCGCGUCUUAUGUAAGACGCGAAGGUCAUUUAUACGAAGUUUUUCUCGUCUUAGAUAAGACGCGUCUUAUUUUAGACGAAAUGUGCCGUUUAUACGGAAAGUUCGCGUCCUAUGUAAGACGCGUCUUAAUUUUCCUCGUAUAAAUGGUCCUAUUUUGGCUCAAUUGUCUUCUCGUUUCUAAAGUGGCGAAUUGAUUUGUGAACAUUUCAGAAGAUGAAGAUUAUCUCGAAAGUAAUAAAAUGCAUGGCGUCAACGGAUACUUGUAUGCCAACCUACCCGGAUUACAGAUGUGUCUAGGCGAGAAGAUAUCCUGGCAUGUGAUUGGCCUUGGAAAUGAAGUGGACAUGCACACAGCCUACUUUUACGGAAACACCUUCCUGCAUGAUGGGAGUGUAAAAGACACACUCAGCUUACUGCCAGGUCAGUGUGUAGCCGGAGAGCUCCAGCUCCUAGCAACGACAAGAGCCACUUAAGUGUGAAAUUUAAGGGAAUGCUUUUGGAGUUGAAUUCACGGGAAAUUCGCACCCAAGGUUAGAGCAAGAAAACUUUGUCGCUGUGUGUAUGUUGUGGCUCAAUUUUAUCCUUGGCUUAAAUUUUAUUUUCCUUGGUUUUGGUGUAUGGUGAUGUAUCACAAUGAGUUUAAGCUAGUUUAAAACAAAGGGUAAUAAAAUUUAAACCAGGAUAAUAUAGAACCACGACAUAUACGUCCGUAGCAGAGCGUGCAAAAGGGGGAAAUGGAAAAUCGGUUACUUUUCGCGUUUUCGAGCGAGGUGGAUGUAGCUAAUUACAUCGCAUCUUCUAGUUCAGUGAUACAGAGCGUACCAUGAUCUCAAUCGAUAGAGUUUUCCUGUAUCCACAAUACUUUGUAUUUGCAGUUUAUAGAACACAGAGCCAGUGUCAUGAAAGGAUAGGGUCUCGUAAAUCUAAUCAGGAAGUAAUUUUCUUUGGACGAGGAACCUAAACUUGGUAGAGAGACAUCAGACGAGUACAAAUCUCUUUUUAAUUAUCUUCAAUUUUGAGUAAGAACAUUCAUGGUUUGGUGUCAAAGCAUAAUGUAGAGUACAGAGAAAGAAAUCCUAAUAGCUACAAAAACUUUCACUCUAUUUUAGGCGUAUUUGCCACUCUAACAAUGACGCCUGAUAACGCGGGAGAAUGGGCGCUAGUCUGUCGGACCAAUGAUCACUACGCUGCGGGCAUGCAGGCUAAGUACACCGUCAGAAGCGAUUGUGGGAAAGCUCCUACCAAAAAGCCCUCUGGGAAAGUUCGUCGUUACUAUAUUGCUGUAGUUGAGGUGGAAUGGGACUACGCGCCCUCUGGUCAGGAUGUGCUGGAAGGAGUGCCGCUGGAAGAGAGCGAGUCAGUAUAACAUGCAAAGCUUAUUUUGGGUAGUUUUAAAUUGCGAGUCGAGUGUAAUUGGCUAAAAAUCCCGCGCUAUUGUUUUUCGACCAAUCAGAAGUACGACAGGACCUGUGCGCGUUUUUUGUGCGUGAUGCCAGCUAAGGUCUGGCUCACUAAGUUUCUCGCAUUCUAAUGACCCUCUUCCAUUUACAAUUUCCCUAUAACUAGUUAUAGCACUGCGAGGGUAUCCAAACAUGUACAUGCGGCGGCAUACUGCCGCUAGGCGAAGUUUCGUUAGCCUGCAAACGCAGUCGUGUCAGUCCGCGUUCGUUGCGCUAAAGAUUUCGUUGCAUCAUAACUCGACUGUGGGUACUUUUCUCUUUCAGUGAGGCAAAAACAUUCACAGCAGGAGGAAACGAGCGAAUAGGUCGAAAAUAUAAAAAAGUUGUGUAUCGUGAGUUCACAGAUGCACAGUUUAAAGAGCAGAAAGAACGGACCGCAGCUGAUAAGCACCUGGGUGUACUGGGUCCAAUUUUACGCGCUGAAGUUGGAGAUACGAUGGAGGUAGUGUUCAAGAAUAUGGCGUCAAGUGGAAUGAAAUUCUCCAUGCACCCGCAUGGCUUAUAUUACAGGUAUAAAGCAAUGUGCUUUUGUCUUAUUUCUUGGAUGAGGUUUUUGUGAUAUGCGGAAUAAUCAAGGUCGAGGUAAGUGUUACCAGCCGAGCCGAAGGCCGAGGCUGAUAACACUUACCGAGACCUUGAUUAUUUAGGAUAUCACAAAAACCACGCGAAUCUAAUAAUUGUUUUAUUAUUAUUACUACAUUGUUUUGAAGAAAAUAACGACAAACACACCGUCGCGAGGAACCUGAAUUGAUAUUGUUAUUGGAAAUCAUGCAUUGAGCGCACAACCCACAGAUUAGUCAAUUAUCUGCUAGCAGAUAACUAACUAAUCUGCAGGUUGCGCUGAUUUCCAAAGUUAGCUUUAGGCUCUUAGUCAAUGAGAAAACAGAUAGUGAGUACAAUGUAUAGUAAACUGAAUAAUUGUUAUUGAAUCCAGGACAGUCCUGGUCUUGAAGACACACUCGCUUUUCAGCUUCGCCCCAUGUAAGGGAAUGCGGAAUCCGGAAAAUGUUUGCUUGUGAAAUCUGUAGUCUUGGGCUUUGGAGUCCGGAAUACAGCUCAAGGAAUCCGGAAUAACACUAACAAUUAGGAAUCCAGUACCUGGAAUCCGGAAUCCACGGUGUGGAAUCCAGAAUCCAAGAUGUUGUUUUCUAAUUGCUUUAGUGAAACAGACAAGAAUAUCUAAUUAAAUACAUUCGCAUAAUUUGUUUCUUAGAUAGUCUUGAUACUGGCGUUACGAUGACGCCAAAAUUACGUCGACUUUUUACGCUCUUAUUCUCUCAUUGCGAUGUUUGUUUUCUGUUAUCUUUCGUUUCUUUUAUUUCCAGCAAAGGCUUUGAGGGCUCAGAUUAUAAGGAUGGCACAACUGGCAUCAAUAAAGCUGAUAACAGCGUAGAUUCUGGUAAAAUGUUUAAGUAUUCUUGGGAGGUCCCAGAACGCGCUGGGCCCGGAACAGAUGGCCCCGCCUGCUCCACAUGGGCCUAUUACUCAGAUGUUAACCCAAUAAAAGACACAAAUAGUGGUCUUGUGGGUCCACUUAUAGUCUGCAAAAAGGUGAGGAACAAUUGAUUGGCCGAUGUCUUACUCUGAUUUAGUUAAUUAAACAGAAAUUUUCCAUUAUUGUGUUAGAUUAAUCAGGGACAUUUUUGAUGGGAACACUUUUGUUUCACGUCUAAAGUAAGAUGCAUUUCUAAAUACCCGAUCAAAAGGCGUGACCGGCCCGUGGUAGCUCGCUUAAUGCAUGCCCUGAUUUUCAAACAGUCCAGGAUGCUCUAAUGAUGCUAGUUUAAUAAAGGGUUGUAAUGUAAUUGGAGUGAGUAACAGACAAAUAAAUCCACCCGAAGGAUUUCGCUUAUUUUAUAGCCUUCUACAUCUACAUUCUAGAUGUAGAAGGUUAUAAAAUAAGCGAAAUGCGGAAGGUGCAACAUGUAAAGAAGAUUAUUAUAAGCUUCUGUUUGCUGAAAUAAUUUUUUCGUAUGUCAUUUUAAUUUAUUAUUGCAUUACAGCAAGCUCAGUAAACCCUUGACUUUUGCGAAAUAGAAACCUUAAAUUGAAUUGACUGAUCUGUAAAAGACCAUAAAGGAGGCGUGUUAUGGAUGUUAAACGGUUGGGAUGUUCCUUAGUCCAGUUCUGGCCCCCCUCUCUCUAUCACACAACGCCGACGUUGCGUGACAGAGAGAAAAUAGACUAGAUGUUCCUCUCCGGGCUAUUACUAUUUGUCCUUGGGCGUUGAGCUCCACUCCUCCUUUGCGCUUUCGUUCUGCUAUUAGGAAGUUACAUGAAAACAAAUGAGGGUAAAGGGAUUUACCCUCUUGAUUUUAUGUAUGAGCAAGCAGGCUUGCUGACUUAUUGUUGUGAGCUCUCUCACGCUAAUCUUUGGGUUUCCUGUGGUUCCUUGGGUGUUCUGUCCCUAUUUAGGCUUUACAAUCUAGAUUUGUGUUUGCCAGGAUGAUUUUUAGCAAGUAUGUCCAGCCUUAUCAUCAUAUAAAAUCUUUGUUCAAAAUUGUAACACCCUUGGUGCGUCAUUCUAAUUGCGCUAAGUUUGACACAUUGUGGCGCGCAAGAAGUUGCAAAUUAUGUUCGUUUAACUGUAAACUGCUGGCCAAUAAUGACCCAAAUCAUGAAAAACUCGUAGCUGUAGGACCCUGCCGGGUUCCUUUAGUCCGUUAUUCCACAACUGUUAACUGCUGUAUAAGAUGCCAAGGGUCUGUAGUUUAAGCAGUAUGUAAAUGACAGUUCAUCUUUCUCAGAUGAUGUUUUGCUGCCCAGCAUCUGCUCAGAGCAUUAUACUUACAAUUUGUAACUUCUAGUUUUACACUUUAUCAGGGUACUCUGAAGGAUUCAUAUACACGAAAUGAUGUACAUCGUGAAUAUGCGCUUAUGUUUACUGUUCUGGAUGAGAAUGAGAGCUGGUACCUUGACAAAAACAUCGACACUUACUGUAAAAAACCAGGAAAUAAAGAGACUCUUAAGGAAAACGAAGACUUCAAGGAAAGCAACAAAAUGCACGGCAUCAACGGGUUUGUGUUUGGCAACUUGAAAGGACUGGAAAUGUAUCAGAAGGAAAAAGUAGACUGGUACCUAGUUGGUAUUGGAAACGAGGUUGAUAUGCACACGGUUCACUUUCAUGGGCAGACUUUCCUUCAUGUAAGUAUCAUUGUAGAAUUAAUUUAAAAUCUAUAACUGAUCAUAAUAGAAAUUAAGACCAGGGGUCAAUUUAAUAACACUUUUACACGUGUAGUUUACAAGUGUAGCCAUUGUUUUAGAGUUUGAAAACAAUAGCUGUACUUAUAAGUUACACCCGUAAAAGUUUUAAAUUGACUCCUGUUUCAGUGCUACUGUUGUCCUAUGUUGUCCUAAGCUGGCUCAACUUCAGCGCGAUUCUAGUGCGUCCAUGGCACGACUUGUUUUCGGACGUUGAAUUUAACUCAGUAAAAUAGCUGUUGCGGAAAUAAAAAGCGGAUUAGUGAAAAUUGUAUUCUAAUGUAUUUAUAAUUUAUGAAAUGAGUUCGGCACGGCAGUAGCAUGACGUUUAAAACAGGCCUAACCUUGCUUUGAUUUACAAGGCUAAAAAAAAAUCCAGUUGACAUGGAAAUCAUUCAAAUCAGCAUGUAGAUUUUGUUUUCAUCAGUUUCAUGCAUGUCAGUUCUCAUUGAGGCCCAGACCUGCAUUUCGAUAUUCCAUAGGCUGAAAUGUCGUCUUUGCGACCCAUGAAUUAACCAAGAGUGCAGACUUCUGACUGGGAAGGGAGGAGGAGGAUAGGGAGAGAAGAGAAGAAGAAGAGUUAACGCUUCCCACUUCUUCGUCUUAUGUUAACUUGCCAUUUGCCUCCUUCUCAGAAUCGAGCAUACGUUUAACAGUUGUUUUUCUUCGGCAGAAACGUGUUGCAUAUCAUCGCGAGGACGUGUAUGAUCUUUUCCCGGGAAUCUUUGCAACCGUGGAGAUGAUUCCUGACAGCGUUGGAGUCUGGAUGCUGCACUGUCACGUGAAUGAUCACAUGGUUGGCGGAAUGGAGACAACUUAUACUGUCAAGGGUAAGUUAAGUUUGUCUCGGUGA